GCUUGAGGGUGAAAGAGAGGCACGAGUGGAUCCUAAAGUCCACCCAGAGCGGGGCUGGCCGAACUGAGCUGGCUGGAGGGAGGGGGCGGAGUGCGCGGAGUCAGCCACUGUCGCGGCCACUGCUGCGUCUGGCCUUAGCCCGGGGCGGCGGGACGUGGUCAGGCAGCCCGGACACGAUGGGAUCGCUUCCCGAGCUUUGCUGACUACCGGCGGCGGGAGGAAGGGAUUCAGAUCGGCCUCGGAGGGGAUGCCGAGAAGCAGUCAGUUUCCUGCCCCCAACACCUAAGCAGCCGGGGUCGGUGUGCCCCGCGGGCGGCUGGAGGCGGCGGCGGCGCGGCGCGGGCUCCGAGCACAGCUCAUGUCCGGUGCGGGCGAAGCCCUCGCUCCCGGGCCCGCGGGGCAGCAGUGCUCGGCCGAGGCGGGCGGCGGCCGGCUGGGCUCCCCGGCCCUCGAGAAAUGCAAUGAAGACAAUAGUGAGAAAGACAUGAGUCAAGCUAGCAGUAAUCAUUCCAAAUAUGGACUGAUGCAGGACCAGUCCAUCUGGGGAAAUCCUGCAGAUGGGGAACUCAUCAGAACCCAACCUCAGCGCCUGCCUCGAUUGCAGACAACAACACAGGAGUCCAGCAAGGAGGAAACAGGCAAGAUAAAGAAUGGGGGCCCCACGAAUCUGAGCAAUGGAAAUGGAAUUCAUCACGGAGCCAAACUUGCACCCACAGAUAAUCACAAAAAUCCAGCUCCUGUUUCUCAGAAAAUGCAUAGGAAAAUCCAGUCCAGCUUGUCUGUAAACAAUGAUAGCAGUAAGAAGAGCAAAGUCAACGCUCUCUUUUCCCAAAAGUCUGCCUCCUCCCCGGAAGACUGUUGUGUCCACUGUAUCCUGGCCUGCUUGUUCUGUGAAUUCCUGACCCUCUGCAAUAUUGUCCUGGGACAAGCUUCCUGUGGCGUCUGCACCUCCGAAGCCUGCUGCUGUUGCUGUGGCGACGAGAUGGGCGAGGACUGCAACUGCCCUUGCGACAUGGACUGUGGCAUCAUGGAUGCCUGUUGUGAAUCCUCAGACUGUCUAGAAAUCUGUAUGGAAUGCUGUGGCAUCUGUUUUCCUUCAUAAAGAUGUAUCUUUCGUUUGUGUUAAAACUGGAGACCAUUUUCCAAUAUUCCUUGUAGGGGAGAUAAAAGGCACAUGGUAAGAGUCUCAUAAAGCAAUCAGUGUUUGCACUGCUAACUCGUGAUGAUUAAGUAAUCGCUGAAAUUCUUCCUUGUUCACUAGAUCUAUGUGGUUUAAUAUGUGAAGUCUUGACUAACUGGUUUAGAAGCUUCUUCAUAGAUGAUAAUAAUUGGGUGACAUCUCGACACACCCACCCAGCAAUGUUGUAUGUCUUCUUUCUGCUGACAUAUCUGUUUCUCCUGAUCAUUCUCACAACUCUUUGCUCAAUAGGUAUUUAAACUAGAUCACUUAUCUUUGAUGUUUAUCUAUUAGAGGUUAAAAGUGAACAUUCAUUUUUCUAAAGAAGCACACAUAUUGGGCAGAGCAGUAAACAGAUGUGGGACUCUCCAUCUUGGCCUCCUCUGUGUGGUUUCCACCCAGAGUGGGUGGUAUUCUACCCAGAAGGCACUGAGGAGAUCAUUCUGCUCUUGUCAGAGCAGCAUGCAGGGUAGUGGAGGAGGGCAGGAGAUGAGCAGUAAACAAUGAACCAGGUCACACGCAUGCUCACUUCUGGAAAGGAAAGGAAAGAAGUCAUAGGAACAAACAGAAGCCAAGUACAGGUUAUGGAGGCAGACUUUGAAGGAGGAUGUGGCAUUGCAGAUGCCUUAGGAUGAGCUAAUUAAAUUUAGGGAAAGUUGAAGGUGGGUGACUUGAACUGUCUAUGGUUCUGAACAAGUGAAAAGAAUGUGCCUUCAUUGCACAUUUCAGCAACACAGCUUUCUGAAAGCUAUAAAAUCGGAACUAAUGCAAAUAUGCACUUUGCUACACAUAAUUUAAGUGUUAUAAAUUUUAAUGAAAACAUAAUACCUUGUUAACAUAACUAUAUUUUACCAAAAAUGUAGAACACUUUUUAACAACUAUCAUUUAAAUGGGUUUUUUUUUCUUCUUUCUCUUUCUAUUUUUUUAAGAUUAAAAAAAAAAUCCCAGUUUUUUGAUUUGGGGUUUUUCCAAAGCUUACUUAUAUUUGAAAGAUUUGGUUCUUUAUGGAGGGGCUGCUGGGGAAUCUAUUUAUUUUGGUUGGCUCAUAGCCAUAGUCUUGUGUUUCAUGAGCAUGUGUAUCUUGGAUCCACUACAGGAGGAGGUCAGAUGUCCAACACCAUCACUAGAGAUCAGUGUUCCAAUUGCGUGUUAAAUUAUGCCAAUGUGUCAGGUUACAAAGAUCCUAAAAGUAUAAAGAAAUAUAUCUGGGAUGAGACUGACUAUAGAAUGAGGGAGUCUGCUCUCAUGAAGGAGAGUGUUUGGUUUUAUGCACAUCCUCCCACAGAGACUUUUUUUUUCUCUUUAGAUUUAAAAUUUGAAUUCAUUGACUAAUUCACUGUGUGCUUUUGAAAGUGUGUUUGGUUUAGUUGUUAAAACCAAUGCAAUUUUGGGAAGCCUUUAGCCAACCUAGAUUUUCAGGACGUCUGAGGUUCUUGUUGUUAUUAUUUUUGGCUUUUUUUUUUUCACAUGAAGAAUGAGAACAUCUCCAAUGUUUUUCCUUUGAGAGUAAGCCUAUCUUAAAAUUAAAUUAUUAUUUUAAAUACUCUUUGAAAAAAGAAAAGCAAGUGAAUCUCCUGUCUAGUGCGAUUUACUCACUUUAAGAUGCUGGUUUAAAUACAAUGCUAAUGUACAACUGCCUUCUUCAUUUGUUAUGCCAAUUAUAAUGGGAACCUUAAUAUUUCCACGUACCCAGCGUUGGCUUGUGCUUGUGUCAUAGGAUGAAGACGAGCAUCUGUUGAUAGAUAAGCCUCCUAAUGAUUGUUAGAAUAUCUGACUCAUUAUCCUGUAAGACUGUUUAACCAGUAGGUUUGUCUGAUGCUCAAUAUACCCUGCUAUGAUUUGCAAUGAAAAUAUUAGUGCAUUUGAAAUAUUUUUUCCAUAGUAGAAAGCACUUGUGAAUACCAGAAUUUAAUUUCCAUACUUGUACAUGUAGGACUUUUCUCCAGCUCUCUACUCCAGGCAAGCCAUUCCUUAAGGCAUCUUGUAUAAUUCACAAGAAAAAUAGGCAAAUGUGAAAACUGUUUCAAUAUAUUUUAGAAUUUUGGUAUGUAGAGUUUUGUUGAAUCCUAUGGCCAUCAAGACUAAUUGCAAUAGUUGACAGUUAGACAUUCAGUGUUCUCUUAAACGUGACGUAUUUUCAAACUGGAGCUGUAUUAUCCUGGACAUUUUCAAAUUAAAAAAAAAAAUGAA